AUGUUAUUUUCUACUUGUGUAAAUUCCAAUGAUCAAUCUCUAGGACCUAGCGUCCUAGGAUGUCGGGGUGACUUCGACUUCACUAUCAAGUUUGAACAGCUGUUCUUCUCUCUCGCACCCUCUCUUGUCUUUAUUCUCUUGUCACCAUGGAGAAUAUAUCUACUCAUAAAGAGACCUACGAUCGUUGAUGCUCCAUUAUUACAACUCGUGAAACUUUCUGUGCUCGCCUUAUAUACUCUCCUGGAGCUUUCUUCGGUCGUCCUUGCUAAUAUGCUCUCACUUGGCGCUAACAAUAUUGAUAUUGCUUCUUUCGUGCUUCGUCUUCUUACUGGCUUUUGCAUGAUUGGACUAUCUUACCUUGAGCAUGAAAAGUCUCCAAGGCCAUCCAUCCUUCUUGGUGCAUAUCUCUUUUGGUCGCUCCUGUUUGAUAUUACCCAGGUCCGUACGUUUUGGCUGGCUUCCCAGACUAGAUCAGAGAUGGACUUCUCUGCUGUUUUUACGGCUGUCCUGGGUACGAAAAUUGCUAUGAUAUUGCUUGAAGGUCGACGAAAGACCAAAUGGGUCAUCUGGAAUGCUAAAGAGCAUAGCCCGGAAGAAACGAGCAGCAUAUUCGACCUCGGUGUUUACUCUUGGCUCAACUGGCUAUUUUUCGAAGGUUAUCGCAAGGUUUUAGGUAUAAAAGACUUAUAUCCACUCGACCAGAACAUGGCUGCCAGCCGUCUCUCAAAAAUCUUUUCUCGGAAAAUAGACGAUGCAAGACUUAAGAAUCAUAAGCCUAAUAUUUUAAAGGUACUAGCCCGGACGCUUUUGGUACCUCUCAUACUCCCAAUUCCUGCGAGGCUUGCCAGGAUCGGAUUCACUUUCUGCCAACCCUUAUUUAUAAGCAGCCUUACAACACGACUGUCUCAAUCAGAAUCGGAAUUGCCAGCCAAUAUUGGGUACGGCUUUAUUGGUGCUAGCAUUUGUAUCUAUUUCUCCAUUGCAAUUUCGACAGCGUUGUACUGGUAUGCUCACCAUCGGAUGCUCUAUAUGGCACGGGCCUGUCUCGUUACGGCCGUUUACGCAAAAGCUACAGAGGCUCGUGAAGACGAGAAUGCUUCCAUAACAUUAAUGAGUACGGAUGUAGAACGCACCAUGCGUGGGUUUAAGUCCUUACACGAAAUUUUUUGGUUGGAACCAAAUAAGAUGGUUCUUAAUAAUAUCGAUAUCGAGAUCCCUAAGGGCUGCCUCACAAUGAUCGUUGGCCCUGUUGCAUCGGGAAAAUCAUCUUUAUGCAAAGCCCUUCUAGGAGAAAUACCAUACCAUCGAGGGACAGUCACGACAACUAGCAACAUUCAACGCGUUGGGUAUUGUAGCCAAACACCGUUUCUUUCGAAUGGCAGCAUAAGGGAGAAUAUUAUUGGAUAUUCGCCCUUCGAACCUGAGCGAUAUGCUGAGGUCAUUGACGGAGCAAUGCUCGGCGUUGAUUUCGAGACGCUGUCUCUAAAGGAUAUGACGAAUGUUGGUAGUAAUGGCAUAACUCUCUCUGGAGGCCAGAAGCAACGUGUGUCGCUAGCGAGGUGCCUUUACCUGCAAUCUGAACUCCUAAUUAUGGAUGAUGUGUUCAGCGGUUUAGAUGCAGACACUGAAGAUCUGGUAUUUCAGCGUGUGUUUGGGGAGAAUGGGAUCCUCAAAAGACGCCAAACAACCGUUGUACUCUGUACUCACUCCGUCCGUCAUCUCCCAAAUGCCGCGCAUAUUAUUGCUUUAGCUCCAGACGGGUCUAUCACUGAGCAAGGCACAUUCGACGAUCUUAUGGUUAAUCGAAGCUAUAUUCAUAGUCUUGGUGUCAAGUCCUCGUCUUCAAGCAAGAUAGCCAGUGGCAAAGUCGAAUCCGAACCCGAUCCCCCUAUACCUCCGCAUAGUCCAUCGGAAAAGAUACCUACACUACUUCCCAUGCUGAAAAUAAGUGAUAAGGCGCGGCUAAUGGGUGACAAAACAGCUUAUAUGGUAUACCUAAAAAGCAUGGGGAUGAUACUUGGUACUUGUCUUCUAGUUUUGGGUAUGCUCUUUAGCUUCUUUUGCAAUUUUCCAACAGUAUGGUUGAAGUAUUGGUCGGAUGAUGCUACGGUUACAAAUCCGUCACACUCUUUUAGUUACUACGUAGGGAUUUAUGCUUUGCUUCAGACGAGCGCCUUGAUGUCGUUGGUAUUCCUUGCAAUCUUAAUCUACAUUAUAGUUAUCAAUCGGUCAGGGAAGUCUCUUCAUGACGAUGCUCUGCGGACACUUACGCAUGCACCGCUAAGUUUCUUGACAACAACCGACCAAGGAAUCAUCACGAAUCUGUUUUCUCAAGACCUAAACCUUAUCGACAACGAGCUGCCUCAUGCCCUCCUUAAUGUGAUAAAUGCUGUCCUUGUCGCCAUUGGCCAGGCAGCCGUUAUCGCUAUUUCGUCGCCGUUCCUAGCAAUCAGUUACCCGUGUCUAAUAGCUGUACUAUACGGAAUUCAAAAGUUCUAUCUUCGAACGUCAAGACAGCUAAGAUUACUAGACUUAGAAGCGAAAAGCCCACUCUACACUCAUUUUCUUGAUACGUCAAAUGGCGUUGUCACCCUUCGAGCCUUCGGUUUUCUUGCCAAUGACCGUGCAAAGAAUGCCUACCUCCUGGAUACAUCCCAGCGACCUGCAUACCUCCUAACUAUGAUUCAACAGUGGCUUGGUUUAGUGCUAAAUUUUGUCGUUGCUAUAAUUGCUGUUAUUCUUACGGCCCUUGCUACAAGCCUACACUCUAACUCCGGCUUCACCGGCGCGUCUUUAGUGACCUUGAUGGGAUUCGGAGAAACACUCACAAACGUCGUUACGUACUAUACAUUGCUUGAAACGUCGCUUGGUGCUAUCACUCGGCUAAAGUCUUUCGAGAAGGACGCUGGAUUGGAGGACAAGGAUGAGGAGGAUAUUGUCCCGCCUGAGGAGUGGCCACAGUACGGGGAAAUUUCUCUAAAAGGUGUCUCAGCCAGUUACAGCGCUGAAAGUGCAGCUGAAGUACCAAGCAUGGCACUCAAGAAUAUUAAACUCGAAAUUUCUCCCAGGGAAAAAGUUGCAGUAUGUGGCCGGACAGGAAGUGGCAAGUCAUCCCUCGUUGCCCUUCUGAUGAAGCUUCUUGACCCGGUCAACGAUACACCCGAUCGCGUAUCUAUAGAUAAUACACCUCUCCACCGCGUAGAUCGAGCCACUCUCCGACAACGUAUUAUUGCCAUCCCCCAGGAUAUUGUAUUCCUCCCGGAUGGAUCUACUUUCCAGGAAAAUCUGGACCCUUUAGCUGUUUCAACAGUUGCAGAUUAUCGGGCCGUCCUCGAAGCAGUAGGCCUAUGGACAUUCGUGUGCGAUCGAGGUGGACUUAAGGCAGGGCUGACAGCCAGCACGUUGAGUCAAGGACAGCGACAACUCUUCUCCCUUUGUCGGGCAAUCCUUCGCAGACGUGUCCGAGCACGUAGUCUUGGGCUUGGUGGUGGAGGUACUGAGGGUGGUGUUUUACUACUUGAUGAAGUAAGCUCGAGCGUCGACCGGGAGACCGAGAAGGUAAUGCAAAAGGUGAUCAGCGUCGAGUUCAAGGAGUACACGGUUAUAGCUGUAAGUCACCACUUGGACAUGAUCAUGGAUUAUGAUCGUGUUGUCGUUAUGGAUAAGGGUGAGAUUGUCGAGGUGGGCAACCCGGCCCAGUUGGUGAAGCAGGCGGGGACCAGAUUCGGCGAGCUGUGGAAUGUCGGAGGAAACUAA